GCACUUUUUGCUGAAUGCCAUGAUCUGCAGGGCUAAAUAGAUAUUAUUAUAAAAAGCUAAACAGAAAAAGAAGGCAUUCAUCCAUCCCCACGAUCUCUUCUCUAUUCUUUCACCACCAAUAAACAUAGAGAGAGAAAGUCAAUAAAGGAAUGUUGUAGCCACAGAUGAAUGAAGGUGAAGCGGUAACAGAAACAACCAAAUUAGAGAUACCUCUUCGUUUUCUUUCAUAGGUUACCCGGUUUUCAAAUCAAUUUUCUAUAGAUGGUUGCUUACUGAAAUCCUUCGAUAGUACGAUACUGUGUACUUUUUUUUUGGUGGGUAUUGCGUCUUUUGUCAAAUUGGGGUUUGAAUAAGGGGUUUUCAGCACCGUUUCGGUGAUUCUAUGUUUCUUUCUUUUUGUGGGAUCGAAUCGAUUUAAAACUGGUGUUAAUGAUAUCAAUGGAGGUCUUGAUUUUUAUUCUUUUGGGUGUGGUAUGUAUCUGAGAUGAGAAUCUAGGGUUUCAAAAUGGGUAUUUCUUUUCCUUUUUCGUUUUGGGUGUAUAAAAUUCUCCCAGUUUUGUAGCUCAACGCUACAUAAGUUCAACCCUCUUUUACUAAAUACUAGUCGAGCUUUUAAUGGUUGCUUAGUGAUAUACAAAUUGCAAUAAAAUAUAUCGCGUAAUGGAUACGGGGUUUCACCAUCAACAUACUUUCGCUCUGAAUCAACAAGCUAUAUCUUUCCAAUCUAGCGCAAGAGGCAGCAAAUCUGAGAUGAUUAUGAUGGGGGACUUCCAUGGGAUGAAUGGUACAGCUGGCAUGCUUUUUUCAGGGAAUUCUGGUACAGUAAACAGCAGUUCAGCAUUUACACGAACCGGGACUUCUUGUGAUUCUCUCGUUGUUGAUUCUGUGCCGGAGUUGAAGCACCGAGGCAGCUUGGCUGUGGAGUGGUCUGUUGAAGAACAAUAUAAAUUAGAGGAAGCACUUCCCCAAUACGCCAAUGAACCUGGUGUCAUAAGGUAUGUCAAGAUUGCUGCCACAUUGCGUAAUAAAACUGUCCGUGAUGUUGCACUGAGGGUUAGAUGGUUGGCGAGAAAACGAAGGAAACACGAGGAACUGAACUUGGGAAAGAAGCUAAAAGAUAAGAAGGAUAAAUUGGUGGAAUCAACCUCAAAGCCAAGUAUACCAUCAAUUUCAACGUUUAAUGUGGCUCCAUUUUCAGUAUUGAUGAAUAAUCAAGUCCAGGGUGAUGGUAAUCAUGCUGAAGCAUUACAAGGCUCAAUAAGGCAUCUAUUGGAACAAAACAGCCAAGUUCUUGGUCAGAUCUCAACUAAUAUUUGUGCACUAAAGCUGCAGGACAAUAUCGACCUCUUUAUUCAUAUGAAGAACAAUAUUACCACCAUCUUAAACGACAUGAGAUACAUGCCUGGGCCACCACUGACUGUAUCACUAAAUGUAGAUCUUGCAAAUAGCAUUCUGCACACAAAAAGUCAGACAAUGAUGUUCACUUCAUCAAGCGGGAUGCACAUGAAGCAAGAACCGAGGUGUUGGUGAGGGAUGGUUUCUUCGGUUUUUAGAUUUUCUCCAAGUACAGAACUAAAUCCGCUAUAAAGUCAACGGGCAGAGCAAGUUUUCACCCUCUUGACUUUACUCAUCCAAAUUCUUGGUCCUCAAGAAAGAUAGUUUAUAGGGAUUCUUGGGGAUUUUUGUGUGAAACUGUAUUGAUUGCCUAUUUGGAUCCAAACCCAGAAUAAGAGAAGUUGUAGAACUUCAUUUUCAGAAAGCUAAGAAUGUUUAGCUUGCUGCUUACCUCAACCUCAAGGGUAGCCAUUAGAGAAUGAAGUUUCUAUUGUAUUUGAGUGAUGAUUGGCAAGGGGAAUUAGCCAUCUUCAUUGGUGUUCUUGUUCCUUUUACGCAUUUUCUCCCCCUCGAGAGUCUGGUAUGUUUGAUGUUUGUGAGCUUUAGUACCUAUAACUGUAAUUUUUUGGGGUUAUGAAACUAAUGGCUAAA